GGCCGCGGGCGUUGUUACCAUUUCUGGCAGGAAUUCAACAAGUGUUAUGCUUCAGCUGAUCUUCCUUCUGACUGUAUUUCACAACGUGAUGAUUAUUUCGAAUGCCUUCAUCAUACGAAAGAGUAUGCACGAAUUACACGUAUCAAAACAGAGGAACUGAAGCAAGCUGAUAAGAGACGAAAGGAA